AUGAAAAGGCUUUGGAUUGUUGUAAGUCUGUGGUUUCAUGAUGCUUCCAGGGUGUUUAGCAGUUGUGAGUAUAAAGCCACUAACCCAUCUAACAGGCAAGAAGACUGGGAAUACAUCAUCGGAUUCUGUGACCAGAUCAACAAAGAACUUGAAGGGCCACAGAUAGCUGUGAGACUCCUGGCUCAUAAAAUCCAGUCGCCACAGGAAUGGGAGGCAGUCCAAGCCUUGACAGUGCUGGAAGCUUGUAUGAAGAAUUGUGGGAGAAGAUUUCAUAAUGAAGUAGGGAAGUUUCGCUUUUUAAAUGAGUUAAUAAAAGUUGUGUCUCCAAAGUACCUGGGAGACCGGGUGUCGGAGAAGGUGAAGACCAAAGUCAUUGAAUUGCUGUAUAGCUGGACAGUGGCAUUGCCGGAAGAAUCCAAAAUCAAGGAUGCCUACUACAUGCUGAAGCGACAAGGGAUUGUUAUGUUUGAUCCUGUGAUUCCUGCAGACAGAACCCUAAUUCCUUCUCCGCCACCUCGUCCCAAAAACCCCGUGUUUGAUGAUGAGGAGAAAUCCAAGCUUCUAGCCAAACUGCUGAAAAGCAAAAACCCAGAUGAUUUACAAGAGGCCAACAAGCUUAUAAAAUCCAUGGUAAAAGAGGAUGAGGCUCGGAUUCAAAAAGUGACAAAACGCAUGCACACGCUGGAGGAAGUAAAUAACAAUGUGAAGCUGCUGAAUGAGAUGUUGGUUCAUUACAGCAAAGAGGACUCAUCAGAGGCCGAUAGGGAGCUCAUGAAGGAGCUCUAUGAAAGGUGUGAAACCAAAAGGCGGACGUUAUUCAAGCUGGCCAGUGAGACAGAGGAUAAUGACAGCAGUUUGGGGGAUAUUCUGCAGGCCAGUGACAAUUUAUCCCGUGUGAUAAAUUCCUAUAAAAAAAUAAUAGAGGGGCAAGUGAUCAAUGGUGAAGUGGAUCUCCCUGUGAUGUCUGUAGUGGAAGGGAGUAACUCCACAAGUAACCUCAACACCCUCAUUGACCUUGCUGGAUUGGAUGUCACCAGCGCCCAGCCACCUCCAAUGCCACCCACCACCCUGACGCCAGCCCCCACAGUAGCCCCAGCCCCAGCAGAAAUCCCCAUUCUCCCGCCUCCUCCCCAGACGUUCGCACAGUUGCGGAGCAGUUCCUCGAGCCAAGUGGAAGCCGCACCCGCGCAGCAGAGCAGCACGGCCAACUCCCUCUCCUUGCUGGAUGAGGAGCUUCUGUGCUUAGGCCUGAAUGACCCAGCGCCUACAGCGGUGAAGGAGACAUCAGAAAACAACCAGUGGAGCAUGUUUGAGAAUGACCAGUUGGACCUGGAUUUCUUUAAUCCGAAGAUGGUGACUGUUGCUUGCAACUCUGCAGGGAACCCUCUUCUCCAUCACGCAUCACAGACCACGUGUGGAAUGUCAGUGACACUGCCUUCUGCUUUCACAGCCUCUCAGACUGCUCCCAGCAUCCCAGCACCAAACUCAGCACCAUUUGUAUUCUCUGCUGGACCAGCUGCCCCUGCGGGGCCUCCUAAGACUAUUCCAGCUGCUCCUGGGUACUUCAGCUCAUCUGUGGGGAGCAAUAUGUCACAUAAGAUGGAUGCAUUGGGACAACUCCUGGAAGAAGCCAAAGGGACUGCCACCCAAGGCAUGGUGACACCCUCGGUGUUCCCUGGGGUAACUUUGCCAACCACUGUCACCUCUGCCCCGUUGAUAGCACCUGCAGGGCUGCCAGCCACUGCCCCUGGAGCCCCUCCAGUUCCUUUCCCAAGCAGCUGCACUGCUGGCUCAGGAAGUCCUCUCUUCCAGUCGGCAUCAUUCCAGCAGCAAGGCAGUCCCAUGAAAGCACCUGAAAUUUCUUUGGCCAAUGUCCAUGUUCCUUUGGAAUCCAUUAAACCCAGCAGUGCCCUCCCGGUGACAGCCUAUGACAAGAACGGCUUCCGGAUCCUGUUGCACUUUGCCAGGGAGUGCCCGCCGGGAAGGUCAGAUGUGUUAGUCGUGGUAGUCUCGAUGCUGAACACGGCACCGCUUCCUGUGAAGAACAUUGUGCUGCAAGCUGCUGUGCCGAAGUCCAUGAAAGUGAAGUUACAGCCACCCUCUGGCACAGAGCUGUCUCCAUUCAAUCCCAUCCAGCCCCCUGCUGCCAUCACCCAAGUCAUGCUUCUGGCAAAUCCUACAAAGGAGAAAGUGAGGCUGAGAUACAGACUGACCUUCACGCUGGGAGACCAGCCCAGUACAGAGGUUGGUGAAGUGGAUCAGUUUCCCCCGGUAGAGCAGUGGGGCAAUCUAUGACCUUAGGACACCACCAGAGACUCUGUGACAGGACCAGGAAAGGAUCCCACAGGACUGGAAUGAAUGUGACGUGGGGGGACACACAUGCUAUCCACUGGUGACGUUCAGCUUUGUUUACAUGUCCUGACCACUCUGCUUGUAGCUUUAGUCCAGAAUGUUUUGCCCCACGUUGAAGGGGUCCUGGGACAUUUAUGCUAAGCAUGAACUGAGUGGCAGCCAGUAACAGGCAGUGCUGGCUGCUUUUAUCUUGACCUCUGGGUGAAUCUGGUUCUAUCUUCCACUCUAUUAAACUUGAACUUAUUGUAUUUUGAGGGGAGACCUGUCAGCAGAAGGGGAGUUAGUUGGCUUGUUCUGUACUGCUGUCCAGGGAUACCUACAGGCUGGUGGGGUAAUGAUGCCACCGUGAGCUUCCUCAGUGCAGAGCCCUUACACAUGCCCUUCCUCGGACUUUUACCUCCUCAGUGCCAGACUGGACCCGCUAAGCAUGUUGAGCAAUAAUGCCGGCUCCGUGAGGGAAUGCUU